GGAAACAUACGCGAUCGAAUUUCACCUGUCACGUGUUUUAAUCACAGCCGCGUUAGUCACAGCGGAUCACACAUCUGGGAUUCUUACGUCAAGCUCAUGCGUGCUUAUGGUUAGAAAAUUGGGAUAAUAGCUUCAACCGAAUGGAAUAUUCGAGGCAAUAUAAAUGCUAGGUGGUCGGACUGAGAAUUGUGUUGAUUGCCGUGAAGGUGAAACUGCCACUGUAUACGUAUCGCAGUGAUUGUACUGGGCGUUGCGAGGCUCCGCGGUAGCAUGUGAAUCUGUGCUUGAAGAGUUGGGAGUUGGAUGGACGUUUUCUGACGUCACACACGUUGAUGAGAGAAGUAUCAGGUAUCGCCCGAGGAUCCCUACCGUUAUGAGAUGGAGGAGAGAGUGAGCGUCGACACCCUCCUCAACCGCAAGGCCCGGUUAGAGAGGGAGAAAGCUAUGAAUGCAGCAAGAUGUCCCAAGGAAUCAAAAUUCGGUGAAUGUCUACUGAACAUCAACACAAAAGAUGAUCCUCUAUUGUGUAAAAACCUUGGGAAAAUUAACCUCGAGGUUCGCCGUAUGGAGUUCAAGAUGAAGCAAUUGCGUCAGACGUUUGUCAAACAAAGCAAAUUCCUGAACCACGAACCUCUGAUUCUGGUCGAGAGGCCUGCAUCACCGGAAGUCCGUCACAGAAGGGUUGUCAUGGACAUGGGUGCAAAUGACCCGGCGUCGAUGACACUUCCGGGUUAUAUGCGACCUCUGAGGUCACGUUGCCGCACGCCGUCGACAAUUACGACAAUAGACGCAUUUACGGUAAGACCAAAAAAGAAACGGAACGUCUGGGAGGAAGCAAUGGACGAAAAGGAAAAGCCAAAAUUCAAAAGUACAGUUCGUCCUUGUUCCAGACUAACACAAAGGGAGUUAACCGAGGUUCAUUUGGGCUGGUCCACUCAUAAAACUAAAGUUGACAAGGAGCCUGAAGCACGGACUCCGAGUCCUUCCAGAGCUACACCGCGAAGUUUGCCUAAUGACAAUCAGGUGUUUAUAACUCAGCUCCGUCGUACAGACCUUCCACGAACUGCCGAUGGCCGACUGACGAAAUCAGUUAGAUUCAAGGAUGAGGAAAUCGAAAAUUCACCUCCAUCAUCGAUGGGCAGGAAAUCAAGGUCAAGGUCAGCGAAAAGAAUUUCCUUCGCAAGAUGACGACGUGUUCAGGCACUCACGGAUCCCAGACAUAGGUAGUCUUACGUGUGUCUUUUGUAUAAAAGUAAUUGGCGAGAAACUGUACUGUAAACUGAAUUUCUUCCUGAUUACUGUCGAUGUGCCUCCUUGUAUCUGCAGGUUUAUCAUUUUUGAAAAUGUAUAUCUCUGUCCUAAAAUGGCACUCUAUUUGUAAACCGAUGUAUUCAAAGUAUGUGUAUAUUCGGCCUUUGGCCCCAUACUGAAAUAAUAAAAAUAUCAUAAACAUAA